CCCACUUAACCUGCUUCGGAUGCUGCACCACUCUAUGCUGAAACUUUAACUCGGUGGUGGAAGCUGGACAAAAGGCUGUUGUUAAGUUUUUGUACAAAUAGUGGCGCCACCGGCUCAUUGUCUCACCACAGUUCACGGCAGCAGAAACUGCAGGAACCACACAAUGGUGAUCAACUCCACAAACGUAAACGAAAAGCUGGAGAGAUACUACCUGUCGCCGCUCUACGCGCUCGAGUUCUGCGUUGGCUUCCCAGGCAACCUUGUCGUCGUUCUUGGCUACAUAUUUUGCUUGCCGGAGUGGCAGAGCUGCAACAUUUACGUCUUCAGCCUGGCCGUAUCCGACCUCGUUUUCCUCUGCACUCUGCCACACCUCUCCUACCUGUACGCAAACGAGCACGCCGUCACCGUUCCCUCUGUUUGCGUCAUAAACCGCUACGUCCUGCACGUCAACCUUUACUCCUCCAUCCUCUUCAUGGUUUGGAUCAGCAUGGAUCGCUUCCUGCUCAUAAAGUACCCCAUGAGAAACCACCGCCUGCUGAGACCGAGAGCGGCCCUGGCGGUCACGGGCCUGACCUUGCUGGUCGUAAACGUGGAAGUCUGUCCGAUGAUAACCCUGCUGCUGCAGGACUUGCAGAAGCAGAACUGGAGCCACUGUGGGGAUUUCGCCAGUCUUGAAGGAGAUAUCAACCCACUGGGCUACAGCUUGGGGUUAACAGUAACCGGCUACAUUCUCCCUCUGCUUGCACUUUGUGCCUUUUCCCAGCAAAUCUCCCGUCUCCUCCAAAUGCAGGAACGAGCUGUACAGCACAGGACAUCCUACAAGAGGCCUCUCAGGGUUGUGGCUUCAGCCACAGUCAUGUUCCUCAUUCUCUACACCCCGUAUCACAUUCUGAGAAACGUCCAAAUAGCAUCUCAGCAGCCUGGGUCACAUUUCCACAGUUCUUCCCUGGAUUACAUCAAAGCAACGUACAUCUUGACCCGACCAUUGGCGUUUUUGCACAGCGUCAUUAACCCGGUCUUCUACUUUCUCAUGGGAGACAAGUUCAGAGAGCUUCUGAUUUCCAAAAUCAGGAAUGUGAGAGGCAAAACCAAGCUGAGACGAGAACCAGCCUGACCAUGUUUACCACAGGAGUCUUGAAUCGUCACAUGCAAACAAACCAUGGCGUUGUAAACUCAUACUUCUCGAGGUGUCGGACUCUUGGCACUUAUUUAUAAAAUGCAAAUUAUGUGGUAGCAUUUUGCUAAGUGCAAAAAAAGCAUGCUUGCAUGUCUGAAGCCUGUCAUAUUUAAUGUUACUUUUGUCUGGUGGCCUGUGACACGGAAUAAUCCUUUAUGUUUGUACAUUGAUAAAGCAGGCACAAUCAUUUCCAGGAGAACUUGCACAUUUGUAUAUAACAUAUGCAUGUUUAAAUAUUUUUUUGGUUUGUUUGUUUUUAGCUUAAACACAAUCGCAGAGCGUUGUCAUUUGUCUGUAAACAUUGGAUUUGUGGGAAAAA